GCCAUACGUCCUCCAUACACUGCCGUACAGCCUCCAUACACUGCCGUACGUCCUCCAUACACUGCCGUACAGCCUCCAUACACUGCCGUACGUCCUCCAUUCACUGCCGCACGUCCUCCAUACACUGCCGUACGUCCUCCAUACACUGCCGUACAUCCUCCAUACACUGCCGCACAUUUUAAUGCUUUCCUCUGUAUUUGCAGUUCGUAUAUCGGAUAUAUCACUGACGGUGAACACAUCGGCACUGGUUUGGCCGGGAUUAGACUCGGUGUCUCUGCGCUGUUCGGCCCGCGGUACAAAUGUCAGCUACUCCUGGAGCCUGGACGGGGCGGCCCUGCCUGCGGAGCCACAUUACGUGCUAAGUGCAGAUAGAAGCGUUCUCACCAUCAGCCCGGUGUCUUCUAAGGAUAAUGGAUCCUUCACCUGUACAGCCGCGAACAGUAUAAACAACCUGACCAGCCCCGAAGUCCUCCUCCACCUCGGCUCCCCGGUCUCAGCAGUGACUCUGAGCAGUAACGCAUCCUCCGCAGAGCUCUGGGAAGGACAGGACUCAGUGUCUCUCCAUUGCUCAGCUCAGGGUUCAGCCAUCACCUUCACAUGGAGCCUGGAUGGAAAACCAGUGUCCUCAAAGCCUCCAUAUUACAUUACUGAGAGCAAUUCUCCUCCGUACUCCAAUCUGACCAUCAGCCCGAUCUCCAGGAACGACGGUGGACCCUUCACCUGUACAGCGUCCAACCUGCUGAAUAGCUCCACCAGCAAUGAGCUCAGCUUCAGUCUCAACUGGCGCCCGGGUGGAGAAAUGUCAUGUCCAGUAACUUCUAAUGGCGAUAUUUUGAGCCUUGUCUGCUCUUGGGAAAAUGGUCGACCUCCCGCCAAUGUGACGAUGACAUUUAACGGCACAACAGGGAUGAAUCCAAACAUCGUGACCAGGAAUGUGUCCUCCAAGACUCUGAUCUGGGGCUCAGUCCUCAACUGCAGGGGUGAUCAGCUGGGGAAGACGUCAAUCUGUCUGAAGAUCCUGGAGCCUCCAUAUUCUCCAGUACAUAAUAAUACAAUAGAAGUAGUACCAGAAGGAGGUAGUAUCACCCUGACGGUAUAUGUAACGGCAAGACCUACUUACCGUAUAUCUUCUAAGAUCCUCCCGGCGACCUUCACCUGGUAUAUGGACAAGACGGAAAUAAAGAGCGGCGUCACCUCCACAAAUGAUUCAUCCAACCUCCACAUCUCCGAGGUGACGAAGGCGAAUUCUGGAAGAUAUGAAUGUACCGCCAGAAAUGUGAUCGGAAGCGAGACCUUCAUCUUCAAUGUCAACGUAACUGCAAAAGCCGUUCGUCCUAAAAAUGGCCUUAGUGGUGGUGAAAUCGCCGGCAUCGUCAUCGGCGUCCUCGCUGGGCUGACCAUUAUUGGGAUCAUCGUCUUCUUCAUUGUGAAGAAAAGGUCGCAUACUGGUGAUGCUGCACUAAACAUUUAUGAAAAUGCAGAUUUUAGACCAGACCUCACCUACGAAACUAAACUGCCGGGAUCGAUGGUAAGACUUGCACCCUGCUGA